AUGGCUCACCGUGGGCUAGCUGCAAGAUGUCGGUUGUUUCUGGGCGCUCUGCCAUCUCUUAGAUGGCAAUGCGAUUUUCUCAUUGAGAGAAAUCUAGCUACAAAUUCUCUCCGAUCAAGUGGCUUUGAACCUUGCAUUGAAGAGCAGAAAGAUCUGGGUUUCUUUGUGCACCGGUCAAAGAACAACAAUCUACCCGUUUACACAGAAUUUCGUACUGGGAGAAGGCGAAAAUUUACCAUUAUCAGGAAGGUUGAAGGGGACCUGCACAUACUUGCAAAUGAAGUUAGACGAAUUCUACCAGACAACACUGUAGUUCAAGUAAAUGAGACAUCAUCAUCGGUUGUUAUUGAAGGACUUUACUGGAAACAAAUAAUGCAGUUGCUAGCAAGUCAAGGAUUCUGAUACUAGUUAGCUACGUAACCUGGUGAUGCACCAGUGCAAAGUAAACCUGCCAACACACACAGUAGAAAUUGUCAUUUAACUUGA